CAUCUGAAAUGGAGAAGAAUUCCACCGAAGAUGAGUGUGUGGACUCAGGAGCAGAGACCGGAGGGUCUGAUUACAGCCCUAUGUCUUCUGCAAACAAUGAGCUGUUUAUGGGUGACCUGCAGGACCCCUUCCUGGUCAGCGUGCACAUCAUCACAGAUCCCGGGCAGGCUAAGCUCCUGCAGCGCGCGGCCGACUCCCUGCUGGCCUGGAUCCACCCCGAGCUGCAGCUGUUCCGCGUGUCCGAGCGGGGCGCCUGGCAGCAGCGGCACAAGCGCGCGCGCCCCUCCUCCGGCCCCCAGAGGGAGCCGCUGAGCCAGCCGGCGCUGGCCGUCAUCCUGUUCCUGCAGGAGGAGUACGGCGGGGAGGAGCAGAUCCUGCGGCUGCACCAUGCCCUGCAGCGCCCGCCCUGGCGCUACCACCACACGGAGCGCGUCAACGGCCGGCUGCUGCCGCUGGUGCCCUGCAGCCAGGACUUCUUCACGCUCGCCCCCGGCACGCCGCUCUGGGCCGUGCGGCAGGUGCACUACGGCAAGGAGAUCGUCCGCUUCACCGUCUACUGCCGGCACGACACCUUCCCGGACAUGGUGAGCAUGUACCGGCUGCUGCUGCAGAGGCAGCUGGCCCAGAGGAGGGAGGACUUCUGCUUCUUCGUGAUCUACUCGAACCCGGACACGGAGAUCCAGCUGUCGUUCAAGAGGCUUCCGCGGGGUCAGAGCCCCGCCCCCACCGAGUCGGCCAUCAUGGAGUUCCGCGUCCGGGACGUAGGGGGGCUCGUGCCCCUCCUCCCGCGGCCCUGCACCCCCAUCAGUGAGGUGCGCUGGCAGACAGAGGACUACGACGGGAACAAGAUCCUGCUGCAGGUCCGAGGCUCAUCCCGAUACAGACGCAGACACACCAUCGCUCAGUUCACCAACCUGCCGUCGGAGCCCAAACCCGUACCGUCACCUACCCCUCUGGAACCUGCCCCCGCCUCUUCAUACGGCCGGGGCCCCGCCACCUACAGGAACCGGCGCUACCACCGGACCUCGCCGCACCCCCGGCACCAGGCUCAGAUGCGGGGGUCCCAGCAGGACCUGCCCUGCGCCUGUAAAGAGGACGAGGCCGUCCCGCACCGCGACCCCGAGGCCGCGCGCGCCUGGUGGGCGGGGCACCACACCCGUUCCCUCUUCUGCCUGCCCACGAGCGGGGGGUUCCAGUCUUCCUCCUCCUCCCCUGCCCGCUCCCGCCGCUCCUCCCUGAUCCCUCCGUUCCGGCUCAACGUGGACACGCUGGUGGGCGCCGAGGAGACUGACGUGGACACCGGGCAGAAGAUGGACAGCGGCACAGUGGACCUGUCGGUGGUGUCGGCCUACUCUCGGCCCCUGUUUCCCCUGUCCCGCCCCCUCUCUACGCCGGCCCGGGAUUCCCCCUCCUUUCCCGGGCUGUCCCGCGGCUCUACGUCCACACUUGGCCGCAAUGCCCUGCUACGAAGCAGCCACUCUGCCUCCGCCGCUCCCCCGGUCCAGCCCCAACCACGCCCUCACAGCGCCUGCCUCCCUCUGGGCUCGAGUAACAGCGGCCACAGCAAGGAAGCUGAGCACAGCAGCCUUGCAGGUGCACAAUCAGAGGAGGAGCAGGAAUUCUAUAUAUGAACCACAAGGGGGCGAUGGAUCGCCAAGGCAGAGAACUGAGCACACUGUUACUUGAUACACUGUAGUACUGCCCCCUGUUUACUGCAAACAGAACUACAGAGAGGAACAGGAGCACUGCAGCCACUGUCCCUCAUGUCCCGUAUGAUCCAUCUCCUGUCUCCUGUGUCUGCACACAGACACACACAGACACACACACACACACACACAUUCACAGUGUCACAUUAUAGUUGAAAGAAUGCAGUAAUGAGGACUGUA